CAAAGAAAAAAACAGACUUCAAGCAACCGGAGUGGCAUUGAUGGCCAAGAAUACUGACCAGAGAACCGAAAGUAAAAAAAAAAAAAAAAAAAAAAAACGAAAGAAGGAAAAAGCUUUGCACACAUAUUCAAUAUUUCAAGAAUGCGUGUGCGCUGGUACUUGGGGGUGUGAGUGUACGUGUGUUAGCUCCGCCCCCACGCCUUCUUCUCCGUGACGUUCCGGGCAGAAUGUCGCCAAUCGGCUUCAGUUGUAGAAAUGGCAGCGCUGAGACAGGAGCAUCGGUAUGGGCUCUCCUGUGGAAAAAUUAACAAAAACAACCCGAGUCAAAGUCUUUACCACGUCAAACUCACUGACACGGCCAUCCGGACCCUGGAAGCCUUCCAGAACCUGAAGGCUUCACUAUCAAACCAGCCAGUAAUUUGCUUCAAGGGAAGCCAGGGGUACAUAAAGAUCCCAGCACCGACCACUGAAUCUCCAGAUGGAUUCAGAGUCUUCUCAUUUUACCUUUCCAGUGACAGCAAAGACAAGCCUCAGUCCAGCUUUGACUGCAUUCACCAGUUUAUCUCAGGGGAGGGCAGGGAUCACUUGGAGAGUAAGGGGAGCAUUCAAGACAAGAUCACCGUUUGUGCCACAGACGACUCUUACCAGACCACACGCGAGCGCAUGUCACAGGUGGAGAAGGACAUCUGGAGCCGCACAGCGAUUGAGAUCAAGCCAGGACCAAGUAAGUGUGUGAAGGUGCAAAGGAAACAGGGCCUGGUCUCCAGCUCCGACAGCAGUAAUAAGCACUCCCCCAGCAACAAGAGGCCCCUGCUCCCCAGCCCGGUGGCACAUCGGCCCUUAAGGGAUCGCAUCAUUCAUCUCCUGGCCCUAAAGCCCUACAGGAAGCCUGACAUGCUACUAUGGCUAGAGAGGGAGAGGGCCAGCCCAAAGGACAAGGCUGAUCUGACCUCUGUACUAGAGGAGGUUGGUAAGCUGAAUCCUAAGGAUAGCAGCUACUCUCUGAAGGAUGAGCUUUACAAACUUGUCCAAAGAGACUGGCCUGGAUAUCUGGAAGAGGAAAAGCAACUUAUCCACAGGCUUCUCAUCAGAAAACUUCAGCCACUGCACAACAACCAAUCGAGGAGUCCCCAGUCCAUCCAUUCGUUGCACAAAACUCUUGGGGAUUCUCCCUCACGGCUCAGUCCUGCCAAAAAUCUCUCAGUGAAACGGUCACUGGUUUUGGACGCUUCCAGCAUCCAAACCCCCAAAAAACAAAAGCUGUCGGAACACUGUCUGCCCCUUCAGUCGCCCUCUCAUGCAGACUGUGGCACCAAUGGGGCUCGUAACUCCUCCAGUCACGGAAACUCUUGUGCGGCGACAAAAACAGAGUUUGACAUAACCAAUAAUCAUCUUCAGGGAAACCCAGUCGGUUUGUACUCGCCGCACAAGCUCAGCAUGCCGUGUGCUAUUUCCAAACUAGAGAAGACGGAACCGGCUCCCAUUUUACCCAGUCCUAAGCCUCGACACAAUGGCACCUCUAUAUGCACUAAACAGCAGCUCGCCAAUGGCCAGCACAAAAAGAAAAGGUCCAAGAAACACAAAGACAAGGAGCGAGAUCGCUUAAAGCCAGACUGGAUUGAGACUAGUCCAGACAUGAAGCAGAACCAAGAAAAUGUUAAAGCUACAGACCACGAGCGAGACAAAACACCUGUUAACCGAGCCUCAACUGAAGAACUGCCCGACUAUUUCAUAAAAUACAGCACUGUAACAACACUGGAGCAGCGGCAACUGUACCACGAUGACUUCUGUGCUGAGUACGAUGAAUAUAGAGUUCUUCAUGACAGAAUUGGGGCCAUCACGGAGAUGUUUAUUCAGUUGGGCUCAAAGAUCAACACUCUCACACCGGGUACACAGGAAUACAAGCUCAUGGAGGACCAAAUACUACAAAAAUAUCGAAAAUAUAAGAAAAAGUUCCCUGGAUACCGGGAAGAAAAGAAACGGUGCGAGUACCUCCACAAAAAGCUGUCGCAUAUCAAAUGCCUGAUCGUCGAAUAUGACCGGACACAGGGAUUAGUUUCCUAGUGACUGCACACUACCCACACCGGGUUGCAACAAAAGUGGACCAAAAGACUCCAGGUGGACCCAAAGACUGCCCAGCCAGGUCCCAGAGAUGCUGAGACACUUUAUUUUCCUCCACAGUGUCAAUGUAAUGGAGGGCGUAAGGUGCUCUGUCAAAAGUGGGCCGAGACCGCCUACUCGUGAUCAGAUGUUACCUUUUAAAGCUCUGUUUUUUCAGCUCUAUUUAUGGCUGGAAGAGCUGGUUUCAGUUCUGCUGUAAAACACGACAAGUAAAAAGGAGAGGCCAACAGAUGUGAUCCUUCCUACCUAAUUACAUAAUUUGUAAUUAUAUUUUUAAACUGGUUGAAACUUUAAAGUGUCAAUUUGUAAGUAACUAAGUGAUGGUACAAUCAAACUUAGGGGUAUAAAAUAAAUUCCACUGAAGUGUUUAUAUUUAAAUACAAAAAUUGUUAGUGGAUUUUAAGAUAGAAAAUAUAUUUAGGAUUAUGAAUUAUUAAUUUAGUACAAUAAUAAGAAACACGCUGGCAGCAACUGCAUCGUGCUAGUUAUAAGUGCACUGUAAGGCUUUUUAAAUUAGGUUAAAAAUGGCAAAACAACCAUUUGUAGAUCUCAGCUUGAUUAAAAUUUGCCAUUCAUCCAAAAACCUGCAGAACUGAGACCUGACCUAAUAUUGAUCACUAAAGUAGGAUAUAUGGAGAGUCAAAGGUUGAAACGUGUGUCUAUGAACUACAAUCAAAAUUAAUUUUAAGCCUGCUAAUGUUCUGUCUCAUUUCUCAGAAAUGCCAAA